UAAGCCAGAUAAUAACAUUUUUGUAAGUUACAGAGGUACCAUAAAACUGGUAUCUCUUUAACUUACUUUCUGUUACUUCUAGCGUUUGACUGAACGAAUUAAUUUUGUUCCUGUUUCCAGCAUCUGAGUCUCCAGACCUCCAUUCAUCCUGAAUUGAUGGUAGCCAUGCCUUAAAUACACCAUGUAUCGAUCGUACAUCAAAGGACAAGUCAAACAAAAGACAGGUGAGGAGGAAGGAGGCAAGACUGUCGAGCCUGAUGGUAACAACAGUGAUGACGAUGUUGACGAUUCAGUCAAAUCGGCCGUUAAUAAAGUCUGGUCUGAAGUUGGGAUACAAUGUGACAAAGCUGCCCAAUAUGACGUGACAAACGUUGAGCCUGUGGAGUCGAACACAGCAAGUGACUGGAACAUCAUUCGUGUUUUCGUGUCUUCUACCUUCACCGACUUCUUCAAUGAGCGGGAGGUGUUGGUGAAAAAAGUUUUCCCAGAGUUGAGAGAAUGGUGUCUUGAGAGAAGACUCAAGUUGGUGGAGUGCGACCUUCGCUGGGGAAUUCCCAAGGACACCUCGACGGCUGAGACGAUUCUGAUCUGUAUGGAGGAGAUUGAGAGAUGCCGAGAUAAACACAUGCCGCACCCUUUGUUCAUUACCUUGGUUGGAGAGAGGUAUGGUUGGAUUCCAAGCAGUGAGGAGGUGCCUGCCGAAGCAAAAGAGAAGUAUGACUGGAUAGACGGGACAUCUAUCACGUUUAUGGAGAUUCUGAACGGAGCUUACAGGGAGUGCAAUCCAAACGCUGGCUUCUUCAUGAGGUCAAAGUCUAUCUGUGACGACAUCCCUGAAAGCUUUCAGUCUCGAUUUGUUGAUUCGGAGUCAUUGCCAAAUUACCAUCUAAAGGUAAUGAAAAAGAAAAUAGCGGAAAGAUUCCCGACCCAGUUGUUCCCUUACAGCUGCUCUUACAAGCAGAUCUCUGACAAGUCCGGGAGAGACAGGGUAGAACUGGUGGACAUGGAUGAAUUUGCUGAGAAAGUUUUAAAUUUCUUGAAGAAUGCGAUAGACCAGAGUUAUCCCCCCUGUGCACAGCAAGAGUCGGUCGACUCCAUCAAACAAGAGCUGAACUUACAGCGACUUUUUGCGGUGGAUAAAGCCAAAGACCUAGUGGGCAGAGAGGCGGAGUUGAAGGCGUUGCUGCAGUUUCUCUCAGAGGGAUCUAGUAGUCUUAUGGAGGAGUAUGGUGGUGAUAACUGUACGGUUCGCCAGAGCUCCGAGUGGGACAUCCAGGAGGGAGACAACGAGAUCUGUGUGCUGGAGGCUGCCAGUGGCUGGGGGAAAACUGCCUUGAUGUGUAAGCUGAUUGGAGAAGCUGUUAAGAAAGGCGUAUCUGUGUUCUACCACAUCGUAGACAGCACCCCAUCCAGCGGUAACCUGGAAUGUCUCUUGUCUCGACUCAUCGCUGCCCUCCUGCCUGAACCCACUGAAGAUGAGAAAAAAAUUCUCACUGGAGGUGACACAACGGCCCAAGCUGAGCUACUGAAGACAUCACUGGCCAGGCUUAGGGAGAGGGAUGCGCGGCUGUGGAUUAUCAUUGACGGGGUCAAUCAGAAACUGGACAGUGACCAGAUCCAGAAGCUGAUGCUGAAGACUCACGUGGACAACCCUCUGUGGAUGAUGCUCAUGGCCGAAGAGCUACGCAUCUUUGGAGAUUUUAAGCUGAUGGACGACAAGAUUGACAGCUUUCCCGAGUCGAUGGAUCAGCUUCUGGUCCAGAUUUUGGAGCGUCUGAUUCAGGAGGAUGACGAGAAUGGGGUGAUCAAGAAGGCAGUUCACAGUCACUUGUUGAAUCGUGAGUCGGAUGUGGUGUUCUGGCAUGCCACCUUAGCCGACUACUUCCAGUACUGGUGCGAUGAUGUUCUGGCUAAAAUCUGGAACCUGCCGCAUCACUUGAAGCGAGCACGGCUCAAGAAAAGGCUGGUGGACUUCAUGAGCAAAGAUCCUCACUCCUACCAGUUCAUCAACCCCUGGAUGAGAAGCAAUCUCUUGAGUGAGGUGAGAUGUCGCCAGCUGGCAGACCCCGUGCUCCCCUCCACCGUGCCCCUAAUGAUGUGUCAGGUGUGUAGCAUGAAGAACAGGAGUUUGAACCCAGCAUGUGCCUGGCAGAACAAGCUGUGCUGUGUCGUGUGUGGAGCUAUGUGUCAUCUGCCGCGGACUCUGCCGGCCAGGGCGUGUAGCAGGCACAACAUGGCAGCCGGUAGGAAUAUGGUCAAGUGCGUGUUGUGUAAGAAUGUCAUACACCUUGGCGUCAAGACCGGCCCUGUCUUCCAAACCCCGGCACAGCUGUGCAUGCACUGUGGCUUCGGGAACAGACAUGUCACUUGUGCCAUGUUGGAAUGAACUCUGAAUAAGUUAUUUAUUUGUGUCACGACGCGGUGGAAUCAGGCGCUCGUCAAGUUUUCAGCCUGUGGAGUUAUUGGUAUUAUCUUAAAGCUUGUUCAUUUGUCUUGCCGUUGAUGAAAAAAGUAACUAUCUAUCUUGAGUCUGGAUGUUUACAAUUGAAGUGGUUUCAGCUUGCUAGUUUCAGAGCUAAAAUUAGCAAGUAAAUGGCCACCAAAGUUUGGUGACUUCC